AUGGCUAGUGUAAUCAUGUUGCUUGUAAUCGAUGUAGCAAGAGCUUUGCCACUAUGCAUAUCAAAAGAUGAAUGCAAAUCCCAUUAUGGUAUAUGGUGUGGUGAUGGGAGUGGAAGAACGUGUUUCCAUUUUUUUUGUCAAAUAGAUAUGGAUUGUAGAAAACUUGUUCGUUGCAAUACACCAAGACCUUAUUGUAGGAAGGGAGUGUGUAGUUGUUAA